AUGGGCAUGCCACUUCGCACAGUGCUCAUCUCGGUAGUGCUCACCCUCGCCGCCGCAGAAGACUCAUACCAAGAGCCUGCAACAGCACCAGAAGCGCUUCCCCAGACCUUUUGGGAUAGCUUUGUAUACUGCAAAUGUGGCCUGUCCUGUGCAGAGAGGGAUGGUUCCAUCGGCAAGGCCUGUGGUUGCCAGACAUGCGUGGAGAGCAACACCACCUCCUUGCGCGGAAGCCAACCAUCUGCCACAGUUGAGGUGAAAGGCACGGCUAUGCCCAUGGAGGCACCCAAGCCCGAACAAAAGGAGCAGACGGAGACUGGCAAGUCAGUGGCGCUGGAGAAGUCACUGGGGUAUGGCUGGAACCUUCCAUCCACCAGCCCGGUGUCAUGCCCCUGUGGCAAGCGUUGCGCCAAGGGGCGCAUCCUCGGACUGUGGAACUACUGGUGCUUCCGAUACGAGUGCAGGCCUUGCUGA